AUGUCUUGUAAUACUUGCCACUGCGCUGAAAACAAUGCACUCUAUUGCACGAAAAUGGCAUGUCUAAAUGACGAAAGCAUUCAUCUACUAAAACACUUCAAGAAUAGUCCAUUGAAGACCUUAAGGCAAGGUUCUGAAGACAAUGGGCCUUAUUUACCGGAAUUGCCCAGGGUUACGGAUGUAUCAACACCGAACGAUGUUAGUCCACCGAUCACAGACGAUGAUUAUUCGGGCCUUCCAAGAUUACCACAUUCAGCUGCCAAGUGUGAGCGGGGAAAAAUUUACAUGGUGGACUGCAACUCCUGUCUAUGUUUGAAUAGUGGAAAUCUCAUAUGCGAGAGCAAGUUGUGCCCUGUCGAAGAAGAUAAGAUGUGGUCAGGAUCAAAGGUGAAAAAACUGCACGGUCCCUCAAAAAAACGGCCAAUUCUCGACGUGUAUAAGGACAAGUGCGAACCUGGCACUAUGUACAAUUCAAGUAACAUACGAACAAAACCACUGGCAUUAGGAAUGCACAAUCUAACUGUAUGCGGUGAAUCAUUUUUGAAAGAUGCUAUGUAUUUAAUGUCAGGUCACGAAUAUAUUCGAAGAAUAGGAAACGAUAGCAAUGCAAGACCAUCAUCAGUUUUAAAUAAGGUCAACCCUAUGAUAGAAGAAAUCUAUGAUAAAGACAGAGGAGUUUUAAUUUCUGCUAGAAAUAUGGUAGGUGUGGAAAAUUCUGAUUCAGAAUACGAUUCUAAAUCGAAAAUUGAUUCUAGAACUCAAAUGCCAUAUGAAGAAUUUGAUAAUGAAGCUAUUUCAGAUGAAACCGAUAAGCAGGAAAGCUCGAAUUUAAGUAGUAAAAAUAAUUCAGACGAUGAAAACUCACAAAUACACGUAAAGCCAUCAAUAUCUUUACCUGGUCAAUUGGUGGCAAAAAGAGAUAAAUUUCCUUCUAAAACUAAUACUUUGAUAGAAAAGACAAAUAAUAUAGAAGCCGUACAAAGCGAAAAAUCUUCCCAUUUUGGUGUAAAUCUUUCAAGAGUAGCAAAAAAGGUAUGGAGUGAGCAUUGUACAAAAAAUUCGCACGUUCUUAACGACUGUAACUGGUGCUGGUGUGACAGCAACCAUCGGUACAAGUGUCAUGCUCGAGCUUGCGGCGAGGUGGACAUGUUUGGACAUUUUAAUGAUGCAAUAAAAGAUAUAGACGUUGGAAUUGAAGGAAAAGGCUCUUGGCGCACCACAGAAACAGCCUGCUCUCCAGGAGUGCACUACCGGCGGGAUUCAGUACUAUGUGUGUGCAAUGAAGAUGGCAACUGGCCUAACCCAGUCUGUAGGGACAUAUUUCGAGUCAUGCACUCAGUAGAAGUCACUAGAGGAAUAGAAAUAUCACAAAAAUGCGAGCCAUCUAAACUCCAUUUAGUUGGCUGCAACGUGUGUUUUUGUCCUUCGUCUGGGAUUCUGAAUUUGGACUUAUGUACAAAAAUGACAUGUUUAAAAGAAGAUCCCGUUAUGAAUGCUACCAGAAAUCUUGAGUACGAAAUGAAAGUGGAAGACGAUAGUGAAUUAGAAAUAUAUGCAACAUGUACAACAAAUAAACAAUAUUCCUUAGAAUGCCGAACAUGUACAUGCCUUCGUAACAAUAGACUCCUUUGUAAUAGCAAUAACUGCUCGACUGUAGAAAGACGUGAAGAAAAAUCUAAUCAUCCUAAUUUGAUUAAAGAAUCCGUUUGCGAUAACUAUGACGUGGGUGAGAUUUUUAACGAAGCUUGCAAUUACUGUUUCUGUGACGGAAAAUCUUUAAAAUAUUGCACAACAAAGAGAUGUUUAAAAUACUUUCCUUUAAGGCAACUAGAUAUAACUGAAAAUGAAUUCGAACUAACCCAAGCCCCCAUUGAUAAUAACGAAUGCAAACCGGGAACUAAGUAUAAUAGAGAUUGCAAUACCUGUUAUUGUUCGAGCCAAAAUGGUAAAAAGAGUUUUAGUUGUACAAUGAAACAAUGUAAUGUCAAAAAUGCUGUUGAUUUAAUUGAAAAUGAUUGUGUUAAUAGAACAAUGUACGAAAAAAAUUGUUUAAUAUGUCGAUGUGAUAUAGAAGCGGGUGCAAAGAGAGAAACUUGCGUAGCAGAUAGAUCAUGUACUAGAAUAUCAUAUGAUAAAGAAACUCAUGCAUUAGAUAUUGAAUUAUUGCAAGGUUUCUGUAAACCUUUACACGGUUACAAGAAAGAGUGUAACACGUGUCAAUGUCUGUCGAAUAGCAAAAUACUAAAAUGCACAAGCCGUAACUGUAAAUCACCACAAGCUUUAACAGUUGAGGUGAUACCAGUUAAGCCGAAACGUCCAGAUCACUGUCCUAUAGGUCUGUCUUAUGAAUUAGACUGCAAUGUAUGCUUCUGUCUGGAAAAUGGAAAUGCUAUUUGUACUACAAACGAUUGCGAAGACAAAUAUGAAGACCUUUAUUAG